AAAUAAACACCAAUACAAGCAUAUUUGUUGGGGGGAAAGCGGCAUUUAAGCUUGAUAAAGUGGAGGGUCAAAUCCUGAAACGUUGUGAUGCAUGAAAUAUUGAAGAAAUUGGGUUGCUUGAGCUUUUAAUUUGCUUGCGUGACAAAAAGGUUUCAGUUUCAGAUCCAAAGGCCAAAUCUAUGGUCACAACUUUGGUGAGUCUUGGAUAUGUCAUAUGAUAGUCCAACCUUAACCAAACAAACAAACACACCACCCCUCCAACUCAAGCUAGCGACUUGAGACACCUCUCAAGUUUGAACAUCGAAGAGCACAAUUGGAAGCCGAAGCAGAGAGAUGGGGUUCCAAGAAAACGGGAAUGGGGAAAUGGGGUUGGCUGGAAUUCCCUUGGGAGCCAAGAACAAGUACAAGAGGAUGAACUCCGAGCUUCCAGAGGAUAACGAUGAUGUUUUGCAACAGCAGCAACAAGAAGAAAGGAGGAGUAGUGCCAGGAAAUAUGUUCUUGCAUGUGCCAUUUUUGCUUCCCUCAAUAAUGUUCUUCUUGGCUAUGAUGUAGGUGUGAUGAGUGGAGCUGUUAUAUUUAUCAAAGAAGAUCUGAAGAUAACCGAGGUUCAGGUGGAGUUUUUGGUUGGUAUUCUUAGCAUUAUUUCUCUGUUUGGUAGCCUUGGUGGUGGAAGAACAUCUGAUAUUAUUGGUAGAAAAUGGACAAUGGCAUUAGCUGCAGUUGUCUUCCAAAUGGGUGGACUCACAAUGACUCUUGCCCCUUCAUAUGCGGUACUAAUGGUUGGAAGAUUCCUAGCUGGGAUUGGAAUAGGAUUUGGAGUUAUGAUCUCUCCUAUAUACAUUGCUGAGAUAUCACCAAACCUGAAUAGAGGCUCUCUUACUACAUUCCCUGAGAUUUUUAUAAAUGUAGGAAUUAUGUUUGGUUAUGUAUCCAAUUACGCGUUUUCUGGCCUUUCUGUGCACACAAGUUGGAGAGUAAUGCUUGCAGUGGGAAUUUUGCCCUCAAUCUUCAUUGGCUUUGCGCUUUUUGUUAUACCAGAGUCACCAAGGUGGUUGGUAAUGCAGAACCGAGUUGAUGAAGCAAGAUCAGUGCUGUUGAAAACAAAUGAAGACGAGAAAGAAGUGGAGGAGAGGCUUGCAGAGAUACAACAAGCUGCCGGAUUCGCCAAUUCUGAGAAGUAUGAGGAGACGCCAGUGUGGCGUGAACUGCUAUUCCCUCCUCCUCCCCUUCGCCGCAUGCUGAUUACUGGACUUGGAAUUCAGUGUUUCCAACAGAUCUCAGGAAUUGAUGCAACUGUGUAUUACAGUCCUGAGAUUUUCCAAGCAGCUGGUAUUGAGGACAAAACAAAACUUCUAGCUGCUACUGUUGCUGUAGGCGUGACAAAGACAAUUUUUAUUUUGGUAGCAAUCAUUCUCAUUGACAAACUAGGCAGGAAGCCUCUCCUCCUGAUAAGCACAAUUGGGAUGACAGUUUGUUUGUUCUGCAUGGGGGCUACACUCUCUUUGUUUGGACAAGGGUCAUUUGUGAUUGCAUUGUCUAUUCUGUUUGUUUGUGGGAAUGUGGCAUUCUUUUCUGUUGGACUAGGCCCUGUGUGCUGGGUUUUGACAUCUGAAAUCUUCCCUUUGCGCGUGCGUGCUCAAGCAUCGGCACUUGGAGCUGUGGCUAACAGGGUCUGCAGCGGCCUUGUAGCCAUGUCUUUUCUUUCUGUGUCAGAGGCAAUUAGUUUCGCUGGAACAUUCUUUCUGUUUGCUGCUAUUUCUGCUCUUGCCAUUGCCUUUGUCUUCACACUAGUUCCUGAAACCAAAGGGAAGUCCUUGGAGCAGAUAGAGAUGAUGUUUCAGAAUAUGUAUGAGAGACAAGGGAAGGAAAUGGAGCUAGGAGAUGUUGAACAACUUGUGCAGAACAAAACUGGUUUAACAAAUUAAGUUGAUUAGCCUGUGCCUUUAUGUGACUCUAAUGGAUUUGUUAUUCCAUUCCAUGGUUACAUAUCUUUCACAUGUUAUGUCUAAGGCUCUAUGCAUGGCGUGCUACUCGCGAUUCUGGGAGGACAUUACUGACAUGAAUAUAUGAUCAUCUGCGACCAGAAAAUUUGAGAUAUAAUGUGAGUAGGUGACACAAGGAAACAAGAAAACAAAAUUCGUUCUUAUUGUAUACGCAAACUUUUCCUAGUUAUACAAUUAUUUUAUUUCUUUUGUUUACAUUGAAGUCAAUUAUAACAUUGUAUAUGGAAGAAGAUUUUUGGUGGAGAGAUCAGGUCUCCAUAUGGUUCUUUGGGAUGUCCCAAGACAAAUUAUAUUACAAUGUAUCCAUGAAGGAUGUAAUUAAGAUGGAAAUUCUUUAAUAGAUUGUAUUCUAUUCAACUCCAA